AUGACACAAUGGGUCUUGAUUGCUACGCUCGCUACGGCCCUGAUUGCCAUCCUCGUUGUCACGAGAAGCGGCAAGCACUAUUGGAUACCUAAUAAGUUAUACUCACCGGUACAGGACCUGGUCCGCUACGAGACCCGCGUCUUUGACUCUGGGUUCGGGAACCACACGACCAAGUACAUGGGGCCUCCAACUGAGGAAACAGAAAAGCAUUGGGAGAACCUUUACCAGGCCGGGAUAAGCAUAAUACCUAUCGAUAAGGCAGCAAAGCUUCCAAUCAAGACAUACCCGAUGCCAGAGAAACCCGGCUAUUAUGUUAUUGGGCUUGAUGUUUUCCAUCAGCUACACUGCUUGAAUCAACUCCGCUUGAAAGUAUGGGGCGCUAGUACUGUUCACAAGCAUAAUACCAACAAGGGAGAUGACGAAGAUGGGAAGAAGGAUAAGAACGGACUGCAGGAUAUAGGCCAUCUAGACCACUGCAUUGACUCCAUCCGACAAAGCUUGAUGUGCUCCUCAGACAUUUCGACGAUUGUAUGGGUGUGGGACCCCGCAAGCCACACAGCGAGGCCUCAUGCGAAUGUUACCCAUACGUGUCGGAAUUUCGAGGCAAUUAGACAAUGGUCCUGGGAACAUCGUGCACAAAAGUGGAAUCAAUCGAUAUUUGUUCCGGAUCGGUUGCGCGGUGAGCCUUAA